UGGAGCUACCCUUCUUAGUCCCCGGAGGGGAGUGCUUACGCCCUCAUGACACGCUCCACACCACCGCAAAGGUAAACAGGAGAGGAGCCCAAGAAAGGAAACAGGGGUAUUAAAACAGAUCCGUGAAAGCGAAAGCAGAGUCUGCAAGUCAGUGGCGUGGGAGGUGGAGGUGUGUGGUGAGUUCUUCUGCUGAGGAGACAGAGGGGAGCUUUGUGUGGCCGGCCGGGCACACUGGCCUCCUAUCUCUGGUUGUGCUGCCCGGUCCUGGGAACAUGCAGGCGCUCGUCCUCACCCCUCUUCUCCUCACUGCUGUGUCACAGUUCUGCUGCGGGGCUCAGGGCACUGGGCCGUUACACACAACACCUGAAGGAAGGCCUGGAGAAGUAUCAGAAGCGCAUCAUCGGAAGCAGUUUUGCCACUGGCCCUGUAAAUGCUCUCAGAAACCCAGGUGCCCUCCUGGAGUGAGCCUGGUGAGGGAUGGAUGUGGAUGCUGCAAAAUCUGUGCCAAGCAACCAGGGGACAUCUGCAAUGAAGCUGAUCUCUGCGACCCACACAAAGGGCUGUAUUGUGACUACUCAGCAGACAGGCCGAGGUACGAGACCGGAGUGUGUGCAUACCUUGUUGCUGUGGGAUGUGAGUUCAACAGGGUACAUUAUCAUAAUGGCCAAGUGUUUCAGCCCAAUCCCCUGUUUCGCUGCCUCUGUGUGAGUGGGGCCAUUGGCUGCACACCUGUGUUCAUACCAAAGCUGGCUGACAGUCACUGCUCUAGGGCUGAAGGUGGAAAGAAGUCUGACCAAUCAAACUGUGGCCUGGGACCAUUACAACAGCAGCUCUCAGCAACCUACAAAACAAUGCCAGAUGCGUGCCAGGCUUUUAACCUGCUUCCUGCAUUGAGGUCUUUAAAUUGUUGCCUACCUUCCAGCUUAUAGGAAUCUUCCACUUAUUUGGAAAAGAAAAUGUCUUGUGCAAGCAACAAAGUGGACCCCGUGCUCCAGGACAUGCGGGAUAGGAAUAUCUAAUAGGGUAACAAAUGAAAAUAGCAACUGUCAAAUGAGAAAAGAGAAAAGACUGUGUUAUAUUCAGCCUUGUGACAGUAAUCUAUCAAAGACAGUAAAGAUCCCCAAAGGAAAAACGUGCCAACCUACUUUCCAACUCAUCAAAGCUGAAAAAUUCAUCUUUUCUGGAUGUUCAAGCACUCAGAGUUAUAAACCCACUUUCUGUGGAAUUUGCUUGGAUAAGAGAUGCUGUGUUCCUAAUAAGUCUAAAAUGAUUACCAUUCAAUUUGAUUGCCCAAAUGAAGGGUCAUUUAAAUGGAAAAUGCUGUGGAUCACAUCUUGUGUAUGUCAGAGAAACUGCAGAGAUCCAGGAGAUAUAUUUUCUGAGCUCAAGAUUCUAUAAAACCGAGCACCUGGAGGGAAAAGUUAAGGUUAGUCAAUCAUGUCAUUACAUUAAAAAGUUAGAAUGGUUUUAAAAGGGUGGCAAAUCUACCUUACUGGUUUAAAACAGUAAGAAUGCCUAGCUCUUCUCAGAUGACUGUAUUUAAGGC